AUGCAAGUUGCAGAGAUUCUCUCAGAUAUCAAUUCCCUGAGAGUUUGCGGUCACAACGAGGCCCUGGCACUGGUGAAUGUACACAAAAAUGCCACAGGCUCAGAUUCAACCGAGUCCUGUAGCGCAUUGGCAGAUAAGAGCAAGGCAGAUGACAAGGCCGAUCUUCGUCGUGCAAAGGAGCUAGUUGAGCUACACUACGAGGUCAAGGCGCGACAUGCCAAUGGAACUGUCGAUGAGGAGCUGAAUCAAGUUCGACAAGAUGUCCGGCGAGUUUUGAGAGAGCUGUCGACUGUCUAA